AACCUAAGUAUGUAUUGUACUAUGUUGUACAAUCACAGUUUCGGGACCGUUAGAUGAACCUAACUACAGCACAAUAUAACCAUCUCUCUAGUCCCUUCUGAAUCACAUAGAUGUCCGACACUGGCUCACAGCGCUCGGGAUCUCCCGCCACCUCGGAGGAGCACGAUCUGCCUGACCCGCCUGCACAGUGGGACAUUGAUGCCCAGUUACCGAGACUUGAAAGGGAGAGUUUGAAUGUGACGCACGAACAUCUUAUCCUAGCGCUGGACCAUGUCGGGAAGUUGUUGAGCGCCAAGGGCAUCCCGUGGGCCGUCAUGGGAGGACUGGCUCUAUUUAUGCUCGGCAACAAGAACCGCAGCACUCGAGAUGUCGACGUAGCCAUCGAGGCCAAACCGAGAGCCGCAAUUGAGGCCUUGAGGGACCGCCGCGUCUAUACACCGCCGCUGCUGUCGAUGGCUGGGAGCGGAUGUGGAAGGUUCUACGUGCUCACGGGCCCCGAGUAUGGAGUGAAGGUCGAUAGACAGAUUGUCGAGGUCGACCUCAUCAUUGCAGGUCAUCUAGGAGCUCCUCGGACCCUCUCAGGGACCACGGCCACUAGAACGGCGCACACGGCAGCAGGCGAGCGUACCUACAACGUGCUCUCUGCGGCCCAGCUAUGCCGCGCCAAGCUACAUGCCCUAGAACAGCGAGAAGCCGAGAGGGACUUCAACGACCUCGAGUGGCUCUGCAUGAACUACUACAACGAGAUCUUCGAGGUCGCAGAUACAUUGGACAAGAUGGAGAGGGUCAAUUUUGUAGAGAAAUACAGGGAAAGGUAUCCCGGGAAGCAGGACGUCGUUAAGGCACUGAAAGAAGCGCUGAAGAUCAGAGAAGCGUGAGACCUGGGGGCUGGAAACUACAUGAUCACCUAGGAUUGACCGUAGCCUUAGACAAGCCGGCCAAGCUGAGUACUUUGUAUCAUCUGAAUGUGAAAGAUGCCAGAGUCAUACCGGUAUUGGUACUAGACCUCGAGGGAGGACUUGGCUGCCCUGUCAAAAUGGCGAAGUAGAAGUCAACAAAGACAUUCCGUAUCCUCAGCUCCUCUCACGUAUCGCAAUCUUACCCUCGUCCCUUAAAAAGCCGCAAUGGCUCCCGAUCGUGAGAUUCCAC